AUGCAACACUAUAACCACAACAGCUACGAACAAAGUCAUCCCCUCCAAUCCGAUUACGACCCCUCCUCUACAGGAUACCCCUCUCAACAGCAGCACAACAACGGCCAAUACCAACAACAAGAACAAGGCUACCAACGGGACGACCACAACUACAACCAAGGUUACGACUUCAGCAAUAGCAAUGGCGACAACCAGCUCUCUAAUCUCCACCAAAUAUCUCCCCUUCAACUCGACCAACUACAGGCGCAGCGGCAAUACAACCAGCAGCAACAACAUUAUAAUGAUGCAGACGAGGCGCUCAAGCAACAACAUCGCGUUGCAAGGACGUCCGACAACAAGUCCGCCAACCACCACCUUUACCCCCCACAACCCAAUGGAUCGUCCUCCUCAAUCGACAUGCAGGAUGGCUCGUCGCUCAAAAACAGCUUCUCAACUCUAUUUCGGUUCCCCUGCUCGACGAACGGCAAGGCCCUUCUGCUUGUCAUUGGACUUGAAGCACUCCUGGUUAUCAUCAUCCAGACAAUCAUUGUCAUCAAGUACUUUGCUGCCCUUCGAGACACGCCUAUCGAGCCUCGGAUCGGACAAAAACAGAUGCCGCCAUACCUUGACAGCGGCAAUGCGUCUCGAGCCAUCCCUGCCUAUCUUAUCGUCUUUGUUUUUGCCCAGCUCUUCCAGCUUGUGCUAGCAUGGGAUGCUGUUCGCGGACAAAAUACUAUCGAGAUGAUUGGUAUCGUGGCUUUCAACAUGUGCUGCUUCGCCUACUCGAUCUUCGAAAUCACACAGACCCGGAAAUCUCUCAGCGAAAGCACUCGAUACUUUGAGCCGGAAGGAAGCGCGGAACUUCUCAACCAAUCCCUUGUACCGUUAAUUGGAGCCAACGUUGUCGUGAGUGGGCUGAGUCAGUGUGUCGUCACCUGGCUUGCGUACCAGCUGUUCCAGGAGUUUGGAUGGAAGAUCUACAAGAAAAUCGGCGCCGAUCCCAGGAUGAAGAGAAUGUACCGCGCGUAUCAGAUUUACGUGGUCUUGAUCAAGAUGGAUUUCUUCUUCUUUGUCGGCUUUUCGAUCCAGUUCAUCUACCUGUCGUUGACAAAGGACACUGACGACCCGGAGUACUGGCUCACCAUCGUUGUCCUGCCGCUGACACUGCCCAUCCUGUACAUCGCCAUUUAUGCGGUCCGCCACGAGAGUCGCCGAUGGAUGACGAUCUUCCUCUUCGCCAUGCACGGCGGCGUUGCCUAUUUUGUGUUUAAGGUCGUGCGAAUGUUUGUCGGAAAUAAGAUCGCGAAUUAUAAUGGAAUCAAGAUCUUCCUGACCCUCUUUGCUUCAUUGUGUUUGGUUACGAUCCUGGCGACGAUCUCGAAUGCGGCAGUGUGCUAUCGCAAUUUUGGAAAGGGAUUGAAGCCUCAUUUGUUGAAGGGCACCCGAGGACCACAGGAUACGUCUUCGGCCACAGGAGGACGCGUCCUAGAGAUCGACUAG